AUGCGAUGGAUCACAUCCCGAUGGUCGACCAAUCCAUACUAUGCCCUGGUGAUUGCUGUCAUUGCCUGUGGCGGGAUUCCCAAAGGCUAUGACGAGGGUGGUUAUAGCGCCAGUGUCUCCCUCCCCUCUUUCAAGUCCGACUACGACCUCACUACACACCCGGGGGUCAACGCGGCCGAGCUAGCUAACCGGAAAGCGAACAUCACCUCCUUCAAUGUCCUAGGUGCAGCACUUGGUGCCCUGGUAGUCCUGGAUCUCAAUGAUCGACUCGGGCGCUUGGUGGUAUGGCGCCUAGCAUGUAUCGUGUGGGCAACUGGCACAUUGAUCCAAGUAUUCGCAUCCGGUAUAUACGGACUGCUCUUGUUUAGUCGCAUAUGGGCCGGGUUAGGCGCAGGCGGUUUAACGGUGACUGCGCCACUGUAUUUGACCGAAAUAGCCCCUGCUAAGACAAGAGGUCUAGUGGUGGGGAUAUACAUGGUAUUCUUACUGGCCUUUCUGGCCAUGGGUUUCUUUAUCAACUAUGGUGCCAGGGUCCAUAUGGUGAUCACGCGAACCCAAUAUCGCCUAGUUCAGGCGGUGCCUUUAAUUCCUGUCGGGAUUGCAUAUGGUCUGUCGUACCUUUGCCCUGAGACUCCGCGGUAUCUCGUUUCGAAACAGCUUCGUCAGGAAGGGCUAGAUGUUCUCGCACGGCUACGCGGCAAGGCUAUCGAUGAUCCCGAAAUCACAAAGGAAUUCGCGAUUAUCGAUGCACGGGAGCGGGAGCGAGCGACAGACUUAGCAUCCGUCUCUCAUUGGACUAUAUUCAAAGAGACACAGACAAACCCGAAUUACCGACAGCGCUUCUGGCUCCUAAUCGCCAUGCAAACCAUCGCUCAGUGGACCGGCGGGAACGGGAUCACAUACUACGUAACGACCAUAUUCCAGUACGCCGGCGUAAAAGACGACGGAAAUUCCCUCGUCUCCUCCGGCGCUUAUGGGAUCGUCAAACUAAUCUUCACGAUGGCUUUCGCAUGGGGUCUAAUCGACCUCCUCGGUCGACGCCGCUGCACCCUCGUCGGACUGAGCCUACAGCUUUGCGCGCACAUCUACAUGGCUAUAUACAUGGGCCUGCGCCCAGGCUCGGCAGACAACAAAGACGCCUCCAACGCUGCCGUCGCCUCCGUCUUCAUCUACGCCGUUGGCUGGUCCAUCGGCCUCUGCACUGUGCCUUACCUGUACGGCACAGAGAUCUUCCCAACGCGCAUCCGCAACGUCAGUUAUGCGAUAAGCAUGGCGCUGCACUGGUUCUUCCAGUUUGCUGUUGUGCGUGUUACCCCGAAUAUGUUUGUCUCGCUUAGUGUCUGGGGUGCUUAUCUCUUCUGGGCGCUUAUUUGCUUCUCCGGGCUGGUUAUCCUUGGUGUUUGGAUGCCCGAGACGAAGGGUGUACCUGUUGAGCGGAUGGGGGAUUUGUUUGAUGGGCCGUGGUAUCUGCGGUGGCGAGCUAGGCCGAGGGAGUGGGAUCUUGAUUCCCCGGCUGAUAUGUCGCAGAAUGUUGCGUUGAAGGACGGUCGUGUUUGA